CAUGUUAAAAGGUUUAGGGACGUGGUUGGGUCUGGAGGGCCCGACCGUUACGGAGACGUCGGUUGACAAGGAAAAGCUGAAUGUGGGGCAGGAAGAGAAGGUGGUAGAAGCACAAACCGAGGUAAACAAACAGCAGCCAGCUGACCAGGAUGGAACACCAGAGGCGGAGCAGGAAAACUCGGAACAGUCCACAGGACUCGGCGGUUACAUCUUCAGUUUUGCUUCCAGUGCCACCAAGAAAAUCUCUGAUUCAAUGGUGGAGACUGCCCAGACCAUCAAGAAGACAGUGGAAGAAGGAAAAAUUGAUGGCAUCAUAGACAAGACAUUUUUAGCGGACUUCCAAAAAGAGCAAGAGAAAUUUGUCCAGGAGAAGAAGGCCAAGAAAUCAGAAGCAGCAGUGCCACCCUGGGUCGGCUACAAUGAAGAGGAGACAAUCCAGCAACAGAUUCUCGCUCUGUCCGCUGACAAGAGGAACUUCCUCCGCGACCCUCCCGCUGGUGUUCAGUUCCACUUUGACAUGGAGCAGAUGUAUCCUUUAGCUGCAGUCAUGCUGGAAGAAGAUGAGCUCCUCAAUCGCAUGCGCUUUGACCUGGUUCCUAAACAUGUGAAGGAGGAGAUGUUUUGGCGGAACUAUUUCUACCGGGUGUCUCUGAUCAAGCAGUCGGCUCAGCUCACAGCCCUGGCAGCCCAGCAGCAGCGGAAUGAUAGUGUGGACAAAGGGGCCAGUGUUUCACCUGAAGACAUCGUCCUAACAGACAAUGUCAGACCAAAAACGCCGCCAGUUUCCAUCAGUGACAUACAGAAGCCAACACAUGAAGAAGAUGAGGAGAUUUCAACAAGUCCCGGAGUAUCCGAGUUUGUUAGUGAUGCUUUUGACUCAACGGCCAUAAACCAGGAGGACCUAAGGAAAGAGAUGGAGCAGCUGGUGCUGGACAAGAAGGACAGUCCUUCUCCUGAUGACGAAUCAGCAGAUUGGGAAAAGGAGCUGCAGCAAGAACUUCAGGAGUAUGAGGUGGUGACUGAAUCGGGCAACAAAGAUGACCAGUGGGAUCAAGAGAUCGAGAAGAUGCUCCAGUCUGAUGACAGCUAGUGUGUUUGAUGCGUUUAUAGUCACUUGUCUGGGCUGAAAUUAAUGAAUCGUGACCAUUGAUGCACAAGGGGAGGAACUUUACACGACUCUCAUUUCUAUCUCGUAUCUGAUGAAGUGUCGUAGAUCCAAUUAUAGCAAGAAUGUGUCACCUCUGCUGGAGGCAGCAGUCAUUUUCUGGCAUAUUAGUGAGUUCAUUGUUCCCUCCUAAAUGAGUUUCCUCUAUUUGGUUCUCCUAAUCAGCUGUGUUUUUGAUGAGAAUAUCACUAGAUGAUACUCCAGUACAAGUACUAUGAAUUUUAUAAUGGAGAAAAAUGGUCUUUAUUAUGUUUUGUUUGUUUGUUUUUUAAUCUUAGUUUUUCACUGCUGGUUCCUGGUGGCUUGGACAGUCGUAUAUACGUCUUGCUAUAAUCUUAGUACAGAGUACUAGUCAAAGUCAAAUGUAAAGUAACAUGUAUGUAAAUAAAGAAGACUGUAACACUAAACUGCCAGGUGCAUUUCUCUCUAAUUAUAUCUGUCUGUGUGUUUCGCUGCUACUGCUGUGUCAUUCUGUUUUAUAUGUCAGCCUUUAAUAAAAAUGCAUCUGUUAUGGAAAA